CAGCUUCCUCAAGUCUCGGGCAAUAAAGCGGAGCCGCAGAAGAGCGGCUGGAGCUGGAGCUGCAGUCCUGUCGCAAGGACGGUGAAGGAAACAGAAGAGCAGCUGCUGCUGGUGAGCAGGGAAAACCAGGUGCUGAAGAUCAAGCUGGAAGCCACGAGAGAAGCAGGUGUACAGGCUCUCAGAUCUGCCUCCCAGAAACUCUAUGAGAAUUACCAGACUCGGUCCGAAGAACUGAAGAAGAGCCAUGAGAAUGAGAAGCAGCAAAUGCAGGCCUACAAUCUCCAACAAGAAGAGAAGCUCCAGCAAAGCGCAGAAGACGUCACCCGCCUCGCCGAAGGCGUCAGGGAAAAAUGUACCCGCAUCGCAGAGAUGGAGAAGCGCGUGCAAAGGAUGGAGGAGGAAAAGAAAACUCUGAUAGAGAAGAAAAUGGCACUUGAAAAGAUGCUUCAACAGAUGAUGUCGAGGACCGAAGACAGCAAACGGUGCCUGGAUCUCCAGAAGCAGAUUUCCACCUUGCAGGAGCAGAUCUGCCACCUGCAGCGCGUGAUUCAGGCGCAGCACCACGGCCUGCACGGCGUGAUUCAGGAGGCAGAGAAACUGAAAAACAACCUCAGAAGCCAAGAUAAAAAAAUAGAAAACCUGAGAGAGAAACUGACUGCGCUGGAAGUGCAGAAUAAAGAACUGAAAGACAGAGUGGAGUUCUGGUCUGGCCAGCCCAAGAGUAAAGCUUCAAAAGCUGUCUGCACAGA